AUGUGGUGCCAGUACUUCUGGUAUGAGGGAUUCGAGAAGAUCUAUGGGGCCAGCAUGGCCAGGCUGGGCUUGGUGUACACCUAUGGCGCUGGCCUGGACCCCCCCGUCAAGUCCCUCGACAUGUACGACUCCUUUUACAUCCUCUUCCUCUGGGUGCCCCUGGGUGGUGGCGCUCUCUUCAUGAUUCUGGCACAGCGGCUUCCUAACCAGGCCAAGCCUGGCUGGAUGCGGAGGACCCAGGCCUUGGGCCGGAGGGUGAUGCAGUACCAGCUGCCGCCCCAUGGCUUCUGGAUCAAGCAGACCGGGGGAAUGAGCGUGCUGGAUGUCCUCAUGCUCGUCAUCGUGCUACUGCUGAACCUGAUGUGGUUCUGCGUGGGGAUGAAGAACUUCAACGAUGAGCAUGCUGCAAUGAGGCUGGCCGGUAUCAGGACGGUGGAGGAGGUCUGGCAGCUCAGGCUCGAGUGGGCGGGCCUCUACUUUGGCGUACUCCUCUUCAUCGACGUCUGGCUGCUGCUGCUUCCCAUUCCCCAGAGCAGCUUCCUCCAGGACCUGAGUGGCAUGGACUACCACCAGAUGAUCCGCUGGCACAGGUGGAUGGGCCACAUCACCAUGAUUGUCACCACCAUCCACGGCCUCCUGUACUUCAUUUUCUGGGGCAUCACCCACCAGUUCUGGACGAUGUUCACCGACUGGUCGAAGGACUCGUCCAUCAACUACCUGGCCGGCUCCAUUUCCUGGUUCUUCGGCCUUGCGCUCUGGCUGACCUCCAUGGAGUGGUGCCGGCGCGGAUUUUGGGAGGUGUACUACCGAUUCCACAUUGUUUGUUUCUUUGGUUUCAUGUUCUUUGCCUACGUCCACUACUCUGGCUCCUGGAUCUAUUUCUCACCAGGUCUGCUCCUGUGGUUCAUCGACCUCGUGCUCAGGGCAGGGUCCUACCCAAACACGACCACCGUGGCCAACUGCGGCGUCAGUGCAUCCGAGGAGGUGGUGACCCUGCAGAUCCAGGCCUCCAAGAGGGCGCAUGGCUGCCCCCUCCACGACAUCUACCUCCUAUUCCCCACCAUCUCCCGCUGGCAGUGGCACCCCUUCACCAUCUCGCACCAGUCGCCUGACGGCGUGCUAACCGUGCGCAUCAAGAGAUUUGGGGGCUGGACCGAGAGUCUGCUGAACAAGCUGAAGAACAGGGAGCCCCUGCCCAUCCGAGCCAGCUGCCCCCAGUACAACGCACCCCAUCGCUGGAGGCAGGACGAAGUUGCCGUGGUCCUGGCAGGUGGCAUCGCGAGUACUGCGGUCCUCAGCGUGCUCUCAGACCUGGUGGCCCGCCGGGCCCAGGGGAAAGCCACCGGCCCUCGCCGCGUUUUCUUCGUGUGGGCGGCGCGCCACGCCGUCGAGUUCUGCGUCCUGGACCUCUCCGUUGCAGCCGCCUCCAUGAGCUCCGAUGGUUGGCUGUCCACCAGCCUCUUCUACACCGGCAAGGAGCCCCUCCUGGCUGCCAAUCAACACGAGAAACUGGACUCGCUGGAGAAGGUAUCCUCCCAUGGCAGCGAGUCCGGCAGCGAGCCGCGGGCGGGAGGGGCCGCCAAGGCCAAGCCCCUCACCUUCCCCCGGGCCUCCCCCUUCUGGUGGAACCGCGCGAGGCGCAUGCAACCCCAGACCACCGGCCCCUGGCACCUCGCCAUCGUGACUGGCCUGGUCUUCUUCGGGGGCUUCGUGGGCCAGGCCCUGUCCUACUCGUGGUAUGGGGAGUGGCAGACACACUACCAGAGCCUGGGGGAGGCGCUGCCCUACAACCCCUUCUUCUGGAAGCAGGCGGCGGUCAACUGCAUCGUCUUCUGCGUCAUCGCCCUGGGCUUCCCCUUCCUCGUGGCGGUCUUCCUCCCCAACCUGUACUGGCGCGACACCCGCGCCGGCAGCACGGGGGAGGAGCAGAUGGCCGCCUUCGACGGCGUGUGGGACCCGAGCUCCAUGGGCUGCGAGCUCCAGGGCCAGGAGGUGGUGAUCCCGGGGUCAGAGGCGGGCAUCCCCAUCGCCUCGGGCCGGCCCGACAUCGUCGCCGUGCUGCAGGGCGCCGCGAAGGAGACGGGGGCACGCCACAUCGGCGUGUACGUGGCCGGGCCCGAGCCCAUGAGCCGCGAUGCGCAGAUCGCCACCUGCCAGCUGAACAGCACCAAGGGCGGCGCCUUCUUCGACUUCCACAAGAUGGCGGGCAUGCUGUAG